AUGGAUGGCGUUUUCCUGUCGCCCAGCGAGGAUGAGUUCGUGAGCAGGAUCGUGGAGGAGCUCGAGCACUUCAUGGAGCAGGGCCAGCACCACCGAGUGCUCCUGUUCCCACCCCUGUCCAGCCGCCUCAGGUACCUGAUCCACAGGACCGUGGAGAACAUGGAACUGCUCAGCAGCUUCUCGGUGGGAGAGGGCUGGAGGAGGAGGACAGUCAUUUGUCACUCAGCUGUCAGGCUUCCCAACGAGACCUCGAGUGAGCAAAAGGCCGGGCCCAACCCGUCCCGUGUGCAGCGCCCCGUGCAGCCCUGGGGCCGGGGGGGCCGGGGGGCCCGGCUGCGCCACCCCGGGGACACCCACGGGGACACUGCCCGUGCCAGCGUGGGCUCGGGCAGGAUCUCCCGGCCGCCCAGGAGGAAGCCAGAGAAAGCCCCGUUCGUGCCCAGAGGGGGCCGGAAAAAGGAGAAUUGGAGAGAGCGGGAGAGCCCCGGGGACGGGGACGCGGCUCCAGGAGGGGAAAAGGGCACCAGGAAUUCCAGCCGGGAGCAGCAGGAGCUGGGCAGGGCUGGAGGCAGCCCUAGGAGGCAGCAGGAGCCUGAGGAUGUCCCUGGGAAAGGCAGCGCCGAGCAUCCCCUGUGUGACGAGGAGGUGCCGUCCUUAGGGAAUGGCGGCGAUUCCUGCGAGCGGGAAGGCCGGGAUGAGGACUGUUCCCAUUCCCCUCGUUCUGCACACCACAAACACCCGCCCCAGGCAGGGCAGGAAGAACCAAGCCAUGGCAGCACCAUCGCUGCAGAGGGCAGCGAGUUCCAGGCCCCACUGCAGGAGAAGGAAUCCAGCCGGGAUUCCAGAGGGUCGGAGUGCGGGGGCAGCUCUGUCCCUUUGGAGAACCACGGUGGCACUGUGCCAGCCCCAGCUGUGCCAGCCCCAGCCAUGCCAGCCCCAGCUGUGCCAGAGUCUCAGACCCUGCAGAGCAGCAGCAGCGGCCAGCCCCUCUCUGCAGAGCAGCAUUCCUGGAAUUCCCAGGGAGUCCAGGCUGUUCCCAGCCCCAGCGCUGGGCAGGUGGAGCAGGAGCCCCUGCAGAAGGUUCUGGAAGGCCCAGCUGAGGCUCUGGCUGCCCCUGAGCCGCUCCAUGGUGCGGAUCCGAGCGCUCCGGGGCAGAGGAAGGAGGAAGAGGAGGACAAGGAAGGCUCUGGUGUGGCCGAGGCGCUGAGGAGGGGCCUGGAUUUGGCUGCAGGGGACAGAGAGGGGCCGAGGCUCGAGGACGACUGCACGGCAGAGCUGCUGGCAGAGAUCGUUGGGAAUUUGUCAGUGAAGGACAUCAGCAUCGAGAGGAUCACUGUGGAUUAUCCUGGCCAUGGGGAGGCCCAGGUCAGCGAGGGGGACCUGGGCCACGUCACCGAGAUCUACGACUUCCCCUCGUCCCUGCAAACCGAGGAUCUGCUGGAAAUGUUCUCAGAUUUCCAUGAAAGUGGCUUCAAAAUCCAGUGGGUGGAUGACACCCAUGCCCUGGGAAUCUUCUCCAGCUCCUCCACAGCCUCGCAGGCCCUGGGCCGCCGCUACCCCUGCCUGAAGAUCCGGCCCCUGCUCCACGCCAGCAAACAGGCCAAGGUCAGGGCCCUGCAGAGACCAAAGCUGCUCCAGCUGGGGAAGGAGAGGCCGCAGACGGACACGGCCGUGGCCAGGAGGCUCCUGUCCCACGCCCUGGGCUGGAGGCAGCGGCAGCAGGAGCCCGUGGGGAGCGAAGAUUUCCAGCCAGAAUCCUUGGAGCAGGAGGAAUAAUCCCAAAAAACCCCAAAACCAAGGCCAAGGCCGUCAGGAUGAGCUUGGCUGUGCUGUUGAAUGCAUGCAGGGCAGGGGCUGUUCCUGGCCUGGGAAUUCUCAUUGGGGUUUUUUGGAGCCCUGGCAGUGCUGGGGUUCUGUGCUGGGGCUUCCAGAGCCUUUGGGGCAGCUGCAGGAAUGAGGGGGUUUCUUCAGUCCUUAUUCUUGCUCUGUUUUCCAACAAAAAAUAGGCAUUAAGAGUUAAGAAAAUUGGGAUUUUUUGUUUUUUUUUGGGGGGCCAAAAAUUAACUCCAAGCAAGGAGUUAACAGAAGUUAACAGAAAAAAUCUGUUCCAAGUUUGUUGUGAUGUUGCUGUUCUGAUAUCCCAGAAAACUGACAGGCAGUGAAUCCAAGUUUUAGGGAAUUUUUUCCUUCUUUACAGAGUUUCAAGAGCCUGAAAGUUCCCUGUUGGUGAGGAAGAAAACCUCAUUAGGGAAAAUUUGCUCAUUAGGGAAAAAAACUCCAGAAUUUGCCUGUGCUGAUGUGCCCAGAACUGGGUUUAAAAUGAGCUUCCACCCCCAUCCCAGGCUCUGCUCCUGCUCCAGUCUGGAAUUCUGGGGAAAAACUGGAAUUUUCCAAUUGCCAGGAGGUUAAAACCCAGUGCCCUCUGGAGCACUGGAGAAAUGACAAAUACUCAAAAUAUUUCUGCAUUUUUAAGCCCCUGUGGGGUGGGGUUUUGGGGGAAGUUUGGAAUUCCCUGUGGAAUUCCAGGUAACUUUGAUGUAGGAGAGGGGGGAAAAACCCCCAUACUUCCAUGAAUUGUGAGGAGAAAAUACACCAAGGGCUUCUAAAGUGAUAGAUAGAUAUAUAUAUAUUUUUUUUUUUCCCAGGGAAAAGGUUUUUAUUGGAGCUCUGUGUGUCCUCAGACAAACAGAGGAAUUCCCACAGGAGCAGAUCCUUGGGGAUGAGAGGCAGAAAUUCCCUCUGCAAGGUGCACAAGGAUGAUUCAUCCUUGCAAAAAAAGAUGGAAUGUCCGGCCAGGAGGCGAUUCCUGGU